ACUAUUUAUUGCCCACAUUCUACAGUUCUUCAGCAGCCCAGAUCUACCCUACGCACAUCCGGCGCAAGUUAGUCAUGGCCAACUAAUUAUUCCACCUCAUACAGCCGAAUUUCCAGAUCAGCCCCCACCAAUCAUUCAACGCCACACACAGAUAUUCCAAAGUCCACUAGGGUAAAACAGUACUUUCCCAACAUGAAAACCACUAUAAAAACCUAGCCUCCGUCCUCGAUCAACUUUAGUCGCAAAAGCCACUCUACAAAUUACGAUCACAGCAAAAUUACCAAACAGCCCUCACCGGCGUUCCUCCGCCCCCAAAUUUCCACAACCAGGGGUUUGCUGGUAGUAUAAACCCUAGCUCUAUCAGGGCGGUAGAAACAAAUCUCCAGGCCGGAAAAUUAAUCGCCGGAGCUGGGGAAAGUCGUGCGUCGCAUGAUGGGAUUUUGCAUCUGUCCGUUGGAAAUUCCGGCGAGGCUGCUCUGGUGCUCAAGCUUCUUCCGCCAUAAGCCAAUGCUAUUCUAACGAACUCUUUCUCACUCUAAAAGGAACCUCUUCCCCACCACUAAUUAUCAUAUUUCCAUAGAUCUCUACAUAUUAUUCGGAGAAAAUUAUAUAUACGUACACGUUCUGUGUGCGAUUGUGGAUAUUGGAUUGAUUGAUUGAUCGCCGGAGAUCUGUGAAAAAAAAAUGGAAUCCGGCCGUAUUUUCUUCGAUCCCUCCUGCCACAGCAACAUGCUGUUUCUCGGGAACGGCGACUCCGGUUUUCGAGGAGCAAGAUCGGUGAUGAAUAUGGAGGAAACCUCCAAGAGAUCACGGCCUUUUUUCAGCACGCCGGAAGAACUGUACGACGAGGAUUAUUUCGACGAGCAGUUGCCGGAAAAGAAACGCCGUCUCACUGCCGAGCAGGUGCACUUGCUAGAGAAGAGCUUCGAGACGGAAAACAAGCUGGAGCCGGAGCGCAAGACCGAGCUGGCUAAGAAUCUCGGCUUACAGCCGAGACAGGUGGCGGUUUGGUUUCAAAACCGCCGUGCCAGGUGGAAGACGAAGCAGCUCGAGAGGGAUUAUGAUCAGCUCAAAUCCUCUUAUGACUCACUCCUCUCUAACUAUGACUCCAUUCUCAAGGAAAAUGACAAGCUCAAAUCUGAGCUGCUUUCCUUGACGGAGAAGUUGCAACCCGAGGGAUCCGCCGGAGAACCGGGUCAGAAAUCGGAUCCGGUACCUCCGGAGGAUGCGCCUCCGUUUCUUCAGCUGACGAUGAAGGUGGAGGACCGCCUGAGUACCGGUAGCGACGGCAGCGGGGUGGUGGAUGACGACUGCCCUCAUCUUCUUGACAGCGGUGACUCCUACUUCCAAAACGAUUGCUACCCGGGCUGCGUGGCGGCGGUCGACGGCAUCAACUCCGAGGAGGAUGACGGUAGUGACGAUGGGCGGGGAUACUUUUCCGACGUGUUUGCUGCGGCGGAGCAGCAGGAGCCCAUUGCCAUGGGCUGGUGUAUCUGGUCUUAAUAUUUUAGGUUAGUCUCUUGUAUUAAUAACUUUGAAUAAACUAAUAUUCAAUAGUGUGUGUUUUCUAUUUGUAUUUCCUGUUGGGAGUGUUGUAAUGUGGUCACUUUAUGUAUAAACCUGAUGCUAUAAGUUGCUCAAGUAAUAACAAGUUAAUUUACUUGAGAAUUCCAUUAGCAAUCUGAUGGAGGUCAAUAAAGUAUUAAAUUUAAAAAUAAAA